UCCAUUACUUUCUCUGGUAACCACCAAUAUAUAAACGAAAUUCUCCUUCCAAAGCGAUCGCGUGUUUCUCCAGCCAGGCCGAACAAAGAAAUCGAUCGCUAACUCGGAGCUCCGAACCUAACCCUAAUCGGACCUUACACUAUAUCCAAGAAGUAGAAGAACAAGAUGUCAGGCGUAACCAACCAAGAGGAAGACAAGAAACCCGCUGAUCAAACGGCUCACAUUAAUCUUAAAGUGAAAGGCCAGGAUGGGAAUGAAGUGUUUUUUAGGAUUAAGAGAAGUACUCAACUGAAGAAGCUGAUGAAUGCGUACUGUGAUCGGCAAUCAGUGGAUUUCAACUCUAUUGCUUUCCUGUUUGAUGGCCGCCGUCUGCGAGUGGAGCAAACUCCAGAUGAGUUGGAAAUGGAAGAAGGGGAUGAAAUAGAUGCAAUGCUACAUCAAACUGGUGGUGCUAUGGCCUAAGUAGCUAGUUUUUAGGUUACGUAAUGCAGUAGGAUUUAAACGGUAGUACUUACGAAAUCAGGAUCUAUUAAAUAUAACCUCUAAAACCUAUGUUGGUUGGACUCUUCAUUUUUCUAAAAAAAUUCAUGUUUGACUCGUUUAGUCGACAUGGGUUUUAUUCUCCUUAAAAAACAGAUGGAGCAUACCCGUGUUGGGCAUCUGUUUAUACCCGGCAUUCAUCUUUGAGUCCGAGUAACAUAGCAUAAACUAUGUGGUGCUGUCUGUUAUAUGUUUGGUGACUGUUUGUGGAUAUUUUGAGUAGUAUGCAUAUAUGGGUGUUUAUGGAAA